AUGGCACCGGUUGCAACAGCAUGGUUAGGCUCCACCCCUCUCGUGGACAGUUUCUAUCGGCCGCUCAUCAUGCUAGCCGUCAUCCCCUUCGUCUAUGUCGGAUACAGGAUCUGCAGGACACUCAUAGCCCUGAUCAAGGCCGUUUUCAUUUACGUGAUAGCGCCCUUGUUCUACAAGCCGAAUCUCAUCCAAUACGCUAAUCGAUGGACAGUGGUGACUGGAGGAACCGACGGUAUAGGAAAAGCGUACACAAUCGAGCUGGCAAAGAGAGGUCUGAACAAAUUCGUGCUUAUUGGACGAAAUCAGACCAAGUUGAGCGACAUGAAAACACUACUAGGUGAGGAACGGAGCAGAUUUUUGGGGGUUUUCCUUAAACUGUAA